GCUGUUUAUAUUUAUUGCGUUUUUCUCGUUAUAGGGCCUAGAUCAACGAAAAUAAAGAAAAGAAAAAAAAAUUAACAAAAACCUAUUUUCUAUAUGGGCCAAAGAAAAUAACAAUUUCAUCGGGACUUUUGUCGAGUGUGUCAUCAAUAGCAACUGUAUUAAACUAUCGAUUGAAGCUCAAAGGUUGAGAAAAGUUCUGCUUUUUAAUUAAAGGAAAUGUGAAUGACAUCAUAAAGAAAAUUCAACGGAAAAACAAUCACAAAAACAUCUUUGCAACAAUUUUAACUCAACAAGGUCAAGGAAAUGGCUGGAACAAGUAAGCAAGCAAUUAUACAGCGAUCAAAACAGAUUCUCCAAGAAUGGCUGAAGGCCUGAAUGCUUACGUUUUCAUUAUAGUGAGAAACAACAAUUACAUAUAAGAUGCUUGGCAGCGGAUGGAUACUGUCGAACUAGUAUAAAAAAACACAACCAAUCAUCAGCACGCUAAAAAAGCUACAACCAACCUUCAAUAGUUUUGUGUUGUGAAAAUCAAACACCCCCCCGAUAUCCAAACAAGAAAAAGCAACACAAACACAUCGCGAACUUCUGAACUUCUGUGAUAAACAUAAACAGAAAAUUGAUAAGUAAAAAAAUGCAAAAAAUUACUAGAACGAGCAAUCAGUCAACUCAGUGAAAUGAAAUUGUUAGCAUACACUGUAAUCGAUGGAGUUUUAAAAAUUCCAUAACAUUUCAAAACUGAAAAAAACUAAAAAAAAAACAAUUUUUUAAUAGCUUAUUUUAAAACUUACGCACAUACUUUUAAGUAAACCGACUAUCUUGAGUGCCAACAUGGCGAUAAAUUGGAGAGAAUUGUUUCCCACGAAACUAACAUUACUUAUAUUCAUUUUGUACAUGUCCCUUUUCAUAGGGCAAGGAAUAUUUGUCACCGCCUCCCAAGAUGCAAAUAACUCUUACAGCUACAAUACUGUUACAGUUGUACUGCUAACAGAAGUUUUGAAACUUCUUGUUUCUGGAGCGCUUUAUAUGAAAGACCACAGCUUCCCCACUUUGGUCAAGGAUGUCCGCAAAGACUCCAAUGUAAUGAUGCUUUAUUUUGUUCCUGCCUUUUUGUAUUGUUUAUAUAAUAAUUUGGCCUUUGUUAAUUUAUCAACAUUCGAUCCCACCACCUAUUACUUGUUGCUGCAACUACGAGUUGUCAUAACAGGUAUUUUAUUUCAGAUAAUUUUCAAAAAAUAUCUAACCAAACGCCAAUGGAUGUCAUUAGUUCUACUAACUGUGGGCUGCAUGAUAAAACAAAUAAAUUUCUCUGGUGCCUACAGCGAAAGUGAUGCUAGCCCCGAGGCUAUUACUAACAAAAAUCCACUUGUAACUCAGGCUACAACCAAAAUGGAACACCAAAUGAGCAGUAAAAAUAUGAGUGGUUUUGAUUUUAGUCUAAGUGCCCUACUAAUACUGGCCCAAACUAUAUUCUCCUGCUUGGCUGGUGUCUACAAUGAAUAUUUAUUAAAGGACAAAGGCUCCGAAGUUAAUAUUUUCAUUCAAAAUGUCUUCAUGUAUUUAGAUUCAAUAGUUUGUAAUGUUGUGAUACUUUUAUGUAAGGGAGAACUAUUCUCCGCCUUCACAUCGGAUAGUCUACAAGCAAUAUUUCGCUUUAAAGUCAUAGUAAUUAUUAUAAAUAAUGCUGCGAUUGGCAUAGUGACUAGCUUCUUUUUAAAAUAUAUGAACUCCAUAUUGAAAACCUUUGCCAGUGCAUUGGAAUUGUUGUUUACAGCGGUUCUGUGUUACUUCCUCUUUGCAAUACCAAUUUAUAUCAAUACCGCUUUGUCCAUAGCUGUAGUUUCCUUUGCCAUUUACCUGUAUACCCAAAGUCCAGUGGUGAAUGUGGGCAAGGUACGUCCGUUGACUAGUGUCAGCGAUGCAAAGACAUCAUAUGACCAAAGAAAACUUUUGGAUGCAGAUGGGGAUACGGAUCUCGAAAUGGAUAUGGUGUAGUAGUUAUUAUUUUAUUGAUCAGCUGUUAUAUUUUAAUGUAUCUUUUUUUUACCAAGUUGUAUAUUUGUUUUAAAUUUCAAAAUUGUUAAGUAUUUUGUGUGUACAUUUGUUUUAAUUAUAAAAUACAUAUAUAUGUUUGUUUAUGUUAUGGCUUUGUAAAAAGACUCAUUUUUGUGUAGAUAUUUUCAGUUGUCACAAAUAACUAUAUCCACCUUGACCUACUUAUUGAUGUUUAAAAUCACGAUAGGAAAUCAGAAUAUUAGGAAUAGCAUGCAUUUAAACUCACAGUUGCUUAUUUUAUUCAUUUGAAAAACUUAGCCGCUUAUUAUAUAGAGAUAUUUUAAGUUGGGGCAAAAACUAUCACCAUUAAAACCAUUUAAAAGCCAUAAUGGUCUAUUAUACCGAAUUUAAAUUAAAAACAUUUUUUUGAAACCUUGCGCUUAUUUAGUCUUAUUCACCAAUUGCUAUCAAAUCCCUGUGGUUUAAAUGUUAUCUAAGAUAGAGGUCUAACCUAACAGGAACAAAAAUUUGUUAACUAAUCUUUUGAGUUUUCCAACCAUUUCUGCCUUUCUGUUUUUUAUGAAGUGAAAUUUUUUUAAGUAUAUUUUUAAAGACUUAUGAUUUUAAAUGUUUUAUGUCAACAGUCACAGAUAAACUUCACGUUUUCUUUUUAUAAGACCGCCCACCAAAUAGUUAUUUAUUUUAAAUUGAUGUCAAUACUAUUUAAAGUUCAUCAACCACUUUUAGCUUCUCUUACAAUUAAAAUGUAUUUUUUAACCCCUCAAAAUCCAGGGGUUAACAUAUCUUCCUCCUAGCCGUACUUCUUACCUAUACUAUACAUAAUUGACCGAUUAAAGUGCAUUAUAAAGAAACUCAUGACGUUUAAUGCUAUAUAAUAUAAUUUGAAAGAAUUUAAGGUUUUAACUCUAAUCAUUAACGCAUAGAAGCUAUGAUUUACUUUUUAUAUAAAAAAGACUUAUUGAUAGAAACAUAUACUUAGAGGUAUAGAAACUCUUAUUUGGCUAUGAAGUGAUAUCUAAGCCAGCCUUAUUAACCAAAGUAUUUGUUCAAUAAAAUAUAAAUGAUAUGAUUUUGUAAUAAAAUUAAA